UUGGAGACGGGCGGGCGUCGCUUCCCGCGCCGCGGGCUCGGGGUGUCGCGAUAGUCGGCGACAGCCCGCCUGGCAUGGCGGGGGUGGCGCUCUGCGAGCCCCGGCACCUCUACAACAUCAUCAACCAGUGCCGGCGGUUCCCGCGGCUGGCGGAGCCCAACUACCUGUGCCUGCUGGAUGCCCGUACUCAGCGUGAAUUCGACGAGAGCCACAUUGUUACAGCCCGCAGGAUUGAACGGGGUCCUACAGGGGAGUAUCUGAUCCCGAAUGCAGAGGAGUUGGGCUAUGUCAGACACUGUGUGGUGUAUGACUUCAACACUAAUUCUUUGAGCGACUGUGACUGUGAUGAGGAGCAGAAAGAAACAGGGAGCAGCGCUGCUUCAGAGACUGGAAACCGUGGCUCAGGUCCCCUGCAUUCCCCGAAUACUGAGGAAGGAGCUGCAUUCCUACACGCCAGGAACUUUCAGGAGUUCACCCGCCACCACGUGCUUGUCCUGAAGGGAGGGUACAGGCAUUUUUCAGCUUGUUUUCCUUUUCUGGGGACUCAGAAGACACUGUGGAUGCCUCAGGAACUGGACAACUUCCAGCCGUACCCUGUAGAAAUACUGCCCUUAAAGUUAUAUAUGGGCAAUUUCAAGCAGGCCUGUGACCAAAAAAUUCAGAAAGAUCUGAGGAUCAAAGCACUAGUCAACGUCUCUGAACAGCCUGUAACACUGUUUGCAGAAGAUGGUGAAUCUCUCCAUAUAUCUGUUCCAGAUUCACUCGAAGCAGAUCUUUUUUCUUUCUUUCCCAUCAUUUCUCAUUUCAUAGAUGAUCAGAUGGAUGGUGGAGCAGUGCUGGUGUUCUCCAGCCUGGGGAUAAGCCGGAGCAGCACAGCCAUCAUGGCCUAUCUCAUGCAUUCCUGCCGGCUUUCCCUGAAGGGAGCUUGGGAUUACCUCCUGAAGUGCAAACCGAGCAUGAGGCCCCACCGGGGCUUUGUGGAGCAGCUCUCGGCCUGGGAGAACCAAGUGUAUGGGUCCAACCCCACAGACAUCUCUGAGCCAAACUACUGACAGGGAACACUCUGCAGGGAAAGGCACUCCCUUCCACACCACCAAGAAAACUACUUGAGUGCUGUUUGAAAAAGGACCUCAGUGGAAAAGCUUUCCUCUUUAGCUCCAUGGUACCUUGGGUCAACUUCUGGAGCCUCCUGGAGAACUCACCGGUGCUGAAGAAGGUCUGGCAGUUUGGGGAAUGCAAGUGCUGCAGGAUGAGACCCACUACAGGCUGUUUGUCUCUGUUUUGGUAAGCAGAGGAGAUUAUAACCAUAGCAGGGUUAUCUCUGAAAAGGUUCCUUAUCCAUAGCAUGGAAUGACAGAUUUAGAGUCUGACUGUGGCCACUUCCAGCCUGGAGAGUGUCAACAAAAUUUCCCUGAUUCAGAAGUCCCUGCAGCCUGCGAGUGCCUUCUUAGCUACCCACAGUCUCCCUGGUUGAAUUGUUGAGAAGACCACCCUUCCCACUUGCCACCUUCUAAUCCAACAACCAAACCUCUUGGCACAGCUGGUAGUUUUGAAGCCUCAAUCCUGUCUGCUCACUGACAUCCCAAAAUAAAAACAAUCCGUA